UUCUCCAACGCAGUUGCUAUGGCAGCGCUUUCAAACAAAAGAUGGAGUUUAACGCAGCCGAGCGCUUCUACGAUUUCCUCACUAACUUUAAAGAUUAUGAAGAUUAUCUGGACUCGAAAAUCACUCCAACGGAUCUUUUUUAUUUGAAAAGCAGGGAGUUGGCUCGCAAGCUGGUGGAGCACAGCCACAAGGGCAUGAUCCUGAGCAGGGAGGAAUUCGAGGAGAGGAAAGCAGCUGCAGAGGCUGCAAAGGCUGAACAGAGCAGUGUUUUCUACAGCAGGAGCCGCCCAAUGACACUGGCAAGUGCAGGAAAGGAGCUCAACGAUAACUUCCUGAAGGCCCUGGCAGAGCGAGAAGAGGCCAACCGCAGUGGGAAAAUGACUUCGGUCAUUUUCAUAAGGGAUUAUAAUACUCUUGGACAGGAGGUAUCUGGAUAUAUAGACUACGCCCACAGGCUCAAGACACAAGAUUUUGAACCAUAUUUCUGUGGAAAGAAAAGGCUCAUGCCAGGACCCUCAGAUUUAUGCUACUACAACUGGAAGACGCAGACAUCCACCUCCAACUCCAGCCCCAACUUUGAGGUGAUUUAUGAUGACCCAAACGGACUUCUCUUUAAGAGCAAGAGGGACAAAACAAUGCUGAAUCCUUGGUCCGGGUCCAGCGGGGACUCCAGCGGGACGCUCCUCCAGUCGGACCUCUACGUCCACGUCGUGCUGUACGACCGCAGGUGGAGGUGCCGCUGCGACGACUUCAAACAGACAAUUCCCAGAGGAAGACGUGGACAAACUGGAGUGACAGCUGGAGAGUUUCCUUAAGCUUAAACUGGAACUUAGAUAUUCUGUUGGGUGCAAAGUCUUCUUUAGGAGCCAGAAUCUGCUCCUCAACCCCAGGCUUGUCCACUGUUGGGGCCAACAUAUUUUGGGCCGUUUGUCUAAACAAAUUAGAGGCGUAAGAGCUUUGAAAGAUGAUGGGGGCAGCUCUUAUGUCCUCCCCCAGGCUGCGGUAGCUCCAAUUGGACUGGAAGAGUGGGUAAUGGGCUUAAAGCAUUCCUUGUGUUCCCAGAUGGAAAGACGCUACGCCGGACAUCAAAGCUCUCCAUCACUUCCAUAUUAGUCAUUGACUGACAGAUUUUAAUGCACCAUAACUCUACAAAUUAUCCCAUUUGGAAACCUGUUUGAAACUUGAAGAAGUUUAAUUUUUGCCAUUAAUACUGAAACAGGUGGUGGGAAUCACACCAGUGAUAUUAUCUCUGGCCAUAAGAUGAUAACAUAUUACAGGGUUUUUAUCAUUUCUUCUUUCAUGUGUGUUCAGUCUGAAGCUGAAUGUUGGCAAUUCAACUUAGGCAAUGUAUUGUUUUCCAAACGGGUCCCUUGCUUUCUAUUUGUGUUUAUUUCUGAAGGGAAUUAAAGAUUCACAAUCAAACCCA